AUGUCAAAGACUAUGAGUAAGAACAUGUCCAAUGCGCCCACCAAGAAGUCUCAUUCUUUCAUGGUUUCCAGCGUAUUCAAAGUCUCCGAGAUGCUCGCUCCCACAGACAAUAGGAACUAUAUGUAUCAAGGCACCACUGUUGCCAUUACGUGCAGCAGAUGGGAUGGCGACAACGAACGCGAGUACGAUGGUGCCCUUAUUGCUUACUGCAGUUCCAUGGAGGUCCCCAUGAACAACCACUGCUAUGCUCUCAAGGCCAAGAUGUUACCAAGUCUUGACUCUGCCGACUACAAGCUUUACUUUGAAGCAGAUCACAAGAUUUUGGUUGGCACAUCAGACACGUUCGCUGGCGAACUGCACAACAACACCGCUGCCUCGGGGUUUGGAAUCGUGUCUUCACGCCGUGAAUUACCAGAACCGGACACUGAUGACACCACUCUUGCCUUUGUCAUGAGCCACGUCGACUACAAUCCUCAACUUCAUGACAACAUCAAAUUCAAAGUUGAGUACCAGAUCCGUCCUACAGUCAAGAUGAAGGCCUCCCAAGGCCUCAUCCAAGACGGGAAGGAGACGCUGGUACAUGGCUUCAUCGUAGACUGGGACAAUGAGAACAGCUGUUGGAUUCUAAUACCUUUCGAAGAACAUGUCACCGCGCUUAACGUGGCCAGUGGUCACAAGACCCUCUCCAAGAAGCGUCAGACAACUGGUACCAAAGUUACGCCUACCAGGAGAAUUUGUCCUGCUAAACACGUCAGCACCUCCAGUCCUACUACGUCCUCAACACCAAGUAACACUCCUGCCACUGGGGGAAAAGGGAAGAAGCGUCCACCACCUCCGGCUGAAGAUGGCUACUUUGACAAUGACGGUAACAUCGUCAUGAGUCCACCUGAAGUGCCUGAACCUGGUCCAAGCACACCCAAGUGUGCACCUGCAGGGCGUCAAGCCAAGAAGACAAAGGGGAACUAG